AUCAGAAAACGCAGAAGAAGAAAGCUCUUCCGGUCUCUCUUUCUGGGAGAGGCAUGUGUAUGUUAUGAGUGUAAAGGGAAAGAUUAUGCUCUGACUGAUUACACAACAGUAUCAAAUAGUGAUUUCUAUUUUAAUUUCGGACAUGUUGGCGUUAAACUCUUGGCGGAUUUCGAGAUCAUCCCGGGCUUUACUGAAGCUGAGGACAGGGAGACAGGCUGUUUCCAAAGCUGUUACAUGUUCAGGACACUGUAUGUCUACCAGCUUCACCAUGAAGGACACAUGGCAAGGUAGCAUGGACUUCACAACACGGGGGAGGGAUAGACUGCACAGUUACAACAGUCUUCCCGUAAAAUCACAUAGGAGUUACUGUAUAGGUCAAGCUAAACUGAGCUGCUGGAGCUGCAAACAGCCUCUGGAGGAAACACCAGCCUUCUUCUGUCUGUCAUGCAACAUGGUGCAGCCUCCUGAAGCAGAGACAUCCUACUUUCAGAUCAUGGACUGGUGAGUCCCUCUUAUCUUAUAAACUCUUGUUUCCAUGUCAUUUUAACCAUGUGUUCCCUUUUUAUAGUGACUACACAUUCACACUGGACACACACAAGCUGCAGAGAAGAUACUUGCAGCUGCAGCGCUCUCUCCAUCCAGACAACUUCAGCCAGAAAUCUGCGGUAAGCAGAGGGAUGAGAGGAUGAAAGGGGAAUCUAACUAGAGAUCAGUUAAGUAACAGGGUUUAUGAGUCAGCUGAGGCUGCCCUGCCUAUUAGCAGGAAAAAGGAAAUUAGGUUUGACUCUGUGUCCCUAUCAUGCCACUUGACUGUGCAUUGUUUGAUUUCUGAGUGUGACUCAUCAUUGUUUGGCAAAGAAAGGGACCCCAGGCAUGGUUCAAAGAUAUGUUUCUUUUUAAAAAAACCUAAAUGAGUGUGUGCCUUCAUGAAGAAGAUUUAUCAACUUGCUCACUAUAAAGGUGAGCAAGUUCCAAGAAUCAAUGCUGAAUAAAUGCACAAAGAAAUGAAAGAGCAUUUCUGAGAAAGGAGGAAGGAUGACUCAAGAAAGGGCUGCAGUAUUUUGUAACCAAGUAGCUCAGGAGCACCUCAGGUCCAUUAGGCAUCCCGGGUGGUUGUAUUAGAGCCAGCUUGCAUGAUGCUAAGAUAUAAUUAAUCACACCAGUGCUUAAGUGCUAUGAGAUGACCAUGUAUAUUUGAUUUUAAUGUGAGUGAAAUAAUAGAUUGUAUCAUUAGGAUCUAAAAACAAUCACGAUAAUGCGAAAUUACCAUAAUAUAUUAGCCAUUGGUCACUCCCAGGGUGGUAAAAGUGUACUUACUCAUGUGAAUUUUUACAUUAUUUCAGGUAAAAAGUUGUAUAAAUUUUGAUAAUGUGACUAAUCGCGGAAUUUCACAGCUCACUGAUUGAUAAGUAACUACAUGGAUUAUAAAUAAAGAUAAGGUUUAACAACAUACUCAUUAGCUAAAAUGAGAACACUGCAAACAAUAGCAUACAUUUCCUCCCAGUAAGGCUAACAGUUAAGUUUAAAAGUCACAAAUAAAGAAAGAAUAAUGAUUAUUUAAUAGAUAAAUACUUUGGGAAUGUUUAUGUUGGUGUCUAUGUUAACAUGGCGUUACAUGGCUUUGUAACAAAACUAUGUUACGGCCGUCAGUGUAACGCUUAAAAUAUGACCCUGUAAACCAGAGACUUUCGCCCUGUUACUAUGACAACCAGAUACUCAUUCAAUCGGAAGUUGCUGCCGGUUGCUCCUCAAACCGUAACACUGGUCACCUUUUUGCUCUUCAAUCCAGGAGCAGGAUGAAAAAUUUCACUUGUGUACCUGCGAUUUCAUUUGAAUUGAUCUAUAAAUGGCAAAAUGAUGAGAAGAAGAUUGAGAAAAGAGUGUUAGAAAAAUCACAACAAUUAGGGGUGUCCACUGUGCAACUUUUUAACUUUCGAUACAAUACUGAUAAUGUAGCCCUCAGUAUUGGCUGAUAUCGAUAUUAAUCCGAUAUUAGCAUAAACUUGUGCAUGACAAGUUUUGCACUCAUCUGCAAUGCCUUUUUCUGACUUUAGCAAAAAAUACUGUCACACGGCGGACGUCACUUCGUACACACUGUUGUUGUGAUCAUGUGGGCUCUGCAUUCUGGAUUUGAGUGCUGCUGGAUAGAAGUGCUGGAGCGGAGUCUGGAAUGGACUGCUCACAUCUAAGAUUUUAGAUUCAGGCUGAUAUAAUCCGAUAUUUGUAUUGUUUUUGCUGAUAUUGGACUGAUAUCCGUUAUCAAUGUCGUAUGGGGACAUCCCUAACAGCAACUUGAUUGAAGAUAUCCCUGAUGUUGGCAGUGGGACACCUGUACAGUAUUGUCAGUAGCUAUUUUGUUGUUAGUUAAUUAUAUGGUGUAAAAAUAGACUCCAACAUAAAUAUUAAAUCUUCCAAAGUAGUCAUCUAUAACAUGAUCAUAAUGCUUGUGCUGUUUUUUGAACUGUCUUUUGAAAGCAUCAGCAUCAACCUGCUGAAAAAAAAUGAUAUAUACAGUAUGAAUAGCAAUUGGGUUUAUUUUAAAAAAUAUUGAUAUUUAUAUUUAUAUUUCACCGCCUAUCAAUUAUGGUGCAAACUAGCAAGGGUGUUACUCAGUUGGGGAAUCAUGUGCAUCCCAACCCAAAUGUGGGGAUGUGCUGCAUCCUAACUGUAUUAUCAUAUUAUUAAGCUGCAGUUCCAAAAUAUUUCACAAGCUGUCUAUAAAUGAUUCUCAUGAAAUAUGAUUUUCAAUGGAAGUAAAUGAGCAGGUAAGUGGGCAUAUGAAAACCUGCUUGAUCCAUUUUUAUGACUCAACAUUGAAUAAAACCAUAAAAGAACACUUCAGCAACAAAAAAUUACUUCUGUCUCACUUAAUGACAAACACAGUGGCAUUGAGGUACCUGAGGGACCUGUUGCCACAACGACAAGUGUACUCAAUCCUUUUGAAUAAGAAAAUUAAUUAUGAGCAAACAGGGCUGUUGAGGUAAUUGGCUGAACUUAAAACAAAAUUGUUCACCUUAACCUUAACUGGAUUAACCCCCUUAAUCCAUGUCCCCUGCCUUCCCUGGGACAGGGUUGAAGCUCUUCCAGAGGUAGGAGUUAAAGCUUUCUCUACUGAGAGACCCUGCCAGAAUUUCCCAGCAGACCCAUACAAUGCAUAGGGUAUACUCUUAGCUGCUGUUAUGGGGGCACAAACAACAGUCAGAAUCUGUCCCCCCACCCUAAGGCGAAGGGAAGCUAGCUACCCUCUCUUCUUCUGGGGUGAACCCCAACAUACACGCACCAAGCUGGGGAGAUAUAAGUAUUGCUGACCCCGGCCUGGUGCCUCUCAUUAGUGGAAACACCAGAGUGAAAGGGAGUCCAACCCCUCUGGAGAGGGCUGGUUCCCGAGGCCCCUACAUGUGUUGAGGUGAGUCCAACUAAAUCUAGCUGGAAGUUCUCCACCUCACACACCAGCUGAGGCUCUUCCCCCGCCAUUCCACAUCCCUAGAGCUAGACUCUGCAGCCGAGGAUCGGACAGCCAAGGUCCCCCCCUUCGGCUCCUGCCCAACUUUGGUCUCAGGGGUUGGGUGGGGAUGUGAGUAAAACUCAGUGUAAAGUAAAUAUACUACCCAUCAUAAAAUUAUAUUUAUUCAUAUAUAUAUAUAUAUAUAUAUAUAUAUAUAUAUAUAUAUAUAUAUAUAUAUAUAUAUAUUAAUAUAAAUGAUAUGUUAUAAUAUAUUCGUAUUAUUACAGUAUCAAUAUUUAUUAUUUUCAAUGUAUAUUCCUUAUACAUUUAAAAAAUACAUUCGCAAUUUAUGUGCAAUAUUUUUAUUAAUUAUUUAUAAAAAAUUAUUUGCAAUUUUUUGCAGCUUUUUAAAAAUAUUUCAAAUAUUUUUUCAAUCAAAGAGAAAGAGGUUGGUUAUAGGUUGUAAGAAAGGUGAAAGUUUGUUAACAGAAUGGGAAAAGGGGGUUAGAGGGGUUUAAAGGAAAGGAAAGGGGGAUAGGUGAGGGGGAUAAGAAAUGCCAAUGGGCUAAAAAAUGUCAGAGGGUAGGGUAAAAGAGGAAAGGAUUGAUGUGAUUUUCCUGUCAAACACGUUACAUAAAUGAUCACAAGGGGGUUGGAGAGAUUGUUGAUAAACUGAUUUCAAAGUUGAACCCAAUUUAAAGAUUCCAUAAAUCAAAGAUUCAGAAAAAGACUCAGAGAGAAAUCUUGUACAAGUGACUUUAAGGGUCUUGGAAGAACGAAAGAUCUUUUAUAUCACAUAUUGAGCCAAAGGGAAAGAGAGAGAGAGAGAGAGAGACCUGCAACUGUUGUCAGCUGCUUCCACUUGCCUCCUCCCUGUUGAUUUCAGUGAUUUUUAUUUAUCAUGCAAAUAAAUAGCUUUGUUCGAAUUACAGUUACAUACAUAAUCACAGUGUCCUUUCUGGUUUUUAAAACAAGUGUCAUCGCUGGUCACACUAAGCCUUCCCAAACCUCAGCCUCACCCACCGCCUAUGACUGUCACACUCACACUUUUAUGCACUGAUGGCUGAAGUUGCAACAGGAAGUUCUCAAUGGCCCAUCAGUACUGUACAACUACAUAAGGACACUUUAGCAGGAACUGUGGGAGGUGGGGAUUGAACCCUAUGAAUUGGAGACAGCCAACUUAACCGCUGGGCCACAGCUGCACAGCUCCACAGUUGCUGCACAACAACUCGACACAGUAUAUGAUGAGCAAUUAGAUGUACAGUUAUGGAAAAAAUGAUUAGACCACCCUUGUUAUCUUCAAUUUCUUGUUCAUUUUAAUGCCUGAUACCACUAAAAAUACAUUACCUGAAGAAUAUGAUGAAUGUAACUAAAAUGCAGCUGAUUCCAUAAUAUUUCAUGUCUGAUUUGACAUGCUUAAGCUACAUUGUAUUCCUAUUGUAUAUAAGAGGCUAUUUCAUGUCAUUAGCAGCACUGCACAUGCAAAGGCCUAGAGCUGUUUACUGCUUACAUUCAAGCCAUAGCACAACACAGAAGUUGUUAGCUCUAAAAUAUUGCGUAAAACAAAAGAACUGAGUGAAGCCACAAAGGCAGCCAUCUUGGCAAUGCUGGAAAAUGGCAUGAGUGAGAAACAGGUAGACAAAAAACUGAAGAUCUCCAAGACCAGCUGUUCAUCACUCCACGAAAAAGCAGCUAAACAUGGUACUACCAAAUUGCUGGCUGGUCGAGGCAGGAAACGUCUUUCUAACCCACGAGAGGACAGUGUACUCAUCUGCUCAUGUGUCAGGAACCGUCAUCAGACCUCCAGGGACCUUAAAAAUGAGCAGGCGCUGUCAAGAAAUGUGACUUGUUCAGCAUGGACAGUUCGAAAUUGACUUCUUGAAGCUAGUCUGAAGUCACACAGGGCAUGGAAAAAGCCCUUCAUCAACGAAAGGCAGAGGAAGUCUUGGUUUCCCCUUGCUAGGGAUCACAAGGAUUGGACUGUUGAUGAUUGGGCUAUGGUUCUCUUCAGUGAUGAAUCCAGUUUUGAGUUGAUGGUCAAUUAAAGCGUGGAUGGAGAACCAAAACAUUUGAACCAUGCUUUGGCCUGCUCAAUCACCAGAUCUAAAUCCAAUUGAAAACCUGUAGAACAUCAUCAAACUCAAAAUGGAGAACCACAAGCCCAAAAACAAAACAGGUUUGACAGAAAUUUUGCAAGAGGAAUGGGCUGCUGUGCAAUGUCAGAAGCUGGUGGAGAAUAUGCCAAGAAGCAUGGCUGCAGUCAUCAGAAACAAUGGUUAUACAAACAAGUACUAACUCCUGUGUGUAUCAUGUGACAAAGAGACAGAAGAGAAAACAUGGCUUGUGCAGCUUGAAAAAUGUCACAUUAAGAAAUAAGACUUAGAGUCCUCGUUCUCCUGAGCAGUUAAAAGUGUAACAUCUUUGUGGAUUAUUUUGCAAACAGUUAAGCAGUUGACUAAAUUUCCACAUUAUCCUGGUUUCCCCUUUGGAUCAUUUACAAAACUGCAUGGCAGUUAAGGAGAGUAAGCAUUCAGAGAACAAAUAGGAGGAGAAAUGUGAUGCCAUGAAUCUAAUUUACUCUGUACGCUCAGGUGGAAAAGAACAACGCAGACUGUUUCCACAACGGGACACCAUUGAAGCUGAACUCAUUCAGUAGAGAGUGAGAGAAGAGAGGAAGUCUAAAUGAUUUCUUCACCAAUAUUGUACUGACACUGUUUUAUUUAUCAGCACCUCUGGCCAUUUGUUCUUAAUUAGACAUCCUCUCGCCCCAGGGGUCUUCAUCAUAUAUAGAAAACUCAUUACUUAUACAAGGCAACAAGGCAGCCACCUACAGCUACAGUGUUAUUACAGAGGCAGCUCCACAUGAGGGGCCCAUGGACCAGGACUAAAACUAUCGAUUUCCGCAAGAGCUGACAGACCUGAUAGCUGCAAAAUGUACUCGGAUCUGCCAACCAUUUCCAGCAUAUUUUCCUCCCCAGCUUGUUUCCACACAUCUGUUGUGUCAAACUUACACCUGCAGCCCUUGAAGGAACCCAAACUGCUUGACUACAAAAAGAUUUGUUGUAUGUCAUGCGUCUAAUUGUCAGGAUCUCAGAGGAUUUAUUGUUAAAAGAUGACAGUUGUGUAGAUUGGGUUGCCAAAGUGUAAAAUAUCUCUGAUCCUACUCCUUUUAGUGACAGCUUAAUGUGUGACUCUGUGGUGUGAAUAUUUGUGGCUCCAAAUUCACAGCAUGUGAGCUAAAAAUCAAAAUAAUGCAUGUUCUCUUUCCCUCUUUUAACAAGUCUAUGUGGACCCAAAUUUCCAUAAAUAGUAUCAAACUUAACAAACCCUCUUUUGCAGAAAGAACAGGAGUAUUCAGAAAGCCAGUCAGCUCUUGUGAACAAAGCAUACAAGACUCUGCUUAAGCCUUUGAGUCGCGGUCUUUAUAUGGUAAGUUUGAAAUCCCUGACUCAACUUCCAAUGAAUAGUUUAUUUUUGUAACUGAAGUCUUGUCUGUCUGAUCGCUUAUUCCAGGAAAACAUCUUCUCAUCUGACAGUCAAGAGAAGUGACGUGCAUAUAAAAGAGCUGCUGAUUUCAUGAACUCUGUCCUGUGUUUCAGCUGGAGCUGCAGGGGAUGCGAAUAGAAGAGGGCACGGACUCUGGGGCUGAUUCAGAGUUUCUGAUGGAGCUGAUGGAGAUCAAUGAGGCCCUUGAUGAAGCGCAGAGUCCAGAACAAGCUGAGAGGAUCGGUCGAGACAUGAAAGGUAAACAAAUUAGUAUGUGACAGUUAUUUAGCAUGGUAAAUUUUGUGCAACUUUUGCAUGAGUUCAGUCUGGAUUGGAAAAAAGUGUGUGUCUUGGCUUGUAGCCUUCAUCAAGGUCACCAUAAGACAUGCAACGAGCAAAAAAAGAUUGAAAUAGAGUAGGUUUAAACAGAUGAAAUACAAAAACAGUCAAUCAAAUUCACCUGCAUUCAUGUCAGCCAAUGGGGUCACUCCAAAGGUAGGUUUGGCAGGGUCAGGUAAACCCAUGCAGUUGAGUAAAAAAGACUUGCUAGGUUUACAAAUUUCCUUCUGAUUGAUCAGAAUUGAAAAAAUGGUUCAAUCUGAAUAAAAAGGACUAACCUAAACACGUUUAACAGAAUUUAACUGCUAAAGAGAGGGUUCAUGUAUUCCUUUUUGUCUCUGGAAAAACCGCCACAUAUCCACUGACUGACUGUCUGACUGUAUUCUGAUGGCAGACUUUUCGUGUAUCCUUCUCUCAAGAUUUGAGAUUGCAUAGCUGUACUUUACAGCAACAUGGCAGCACAAGACCGGCAUGGUCAGAGAAAGAAACAAGGAUGACAAUAAAAGAAAAAAACUGAUCCACACAACAGAUGCCCAACCUCAAAUCUCCUUUAUUGUGUCACGCUCUUAGACUAUAUGUUCUAUGGACAACUUGGCUCCGCCUUCCGCCAGUAUACGAAUUCAAAGCUCAGUAAUUCUGCAUUUUUUUCUCUACCUCCUGAAAACAACAUUGCGCAGUAGCAUUGUACGCAUUCGGCAGGAGAGCCGCUAUGAUGACGCUCUAUUCAAACAGUGUAUCCCCCGGGUGAGCCACGCAAUCUUUGUACGCCCAUAGGCUCUAUCAAGUGUCAAUCACAGAAAACUUAAAUCCCCUAAUAACUUUUAAAAAUAGAGCUGCACAGAAAAAAAGAUGACUUGAGCACAACCAGUAACUUACAGUAAUCCAACAGUGGAAGAAAGGUAGCAGAUACAAGGUAUUUUCGAGCACUGAGGGAGAAGCAGGAUUUAUUCCUCUAAUAGAAACCAAGUUUUAGUCUGAGUUUAGUGACCAAACUAGCAAUAUGUGUUUUGAAGGAAAGCUUGCGAUCAACAAGAAAACACAGAUAUUUAUACAUAGAUACAAGCUCAAUGGGUACACCCUGUGAAGUUAGGAUAGAGGGAAUGUUCCCAGGUAACUCACUCUUGCUCGAAAAUACCAUGAUUUUGGUUUUAUUUGCAUUCAAGACCAAUUUGUGUUUCUGCAGUCGAGACUGAACAAUAUCAAAAGCAGAUUGCAAAAACUCAAAAGCCUGGUUAAUUGAUGAUAAACAACAAUUAAUGACAGUGUCAUCUGCAUAAAAGUGAUAAGAGGCAUUUGACAAAUUAAUACACAAGUUAUUGAUAUAAAUAGAGAAUAAAAUAGGUUCCAAGAUUGAACCUUGGGGUACACCUUGAGGAACCUUGAGUUGUUAAAAUUAGGGCCAUGGAGCAUUUGAAGGAACUGUGCUUUAGUAUGGGUUUUACAAACAAGGAGAUACUUAAACCUUUGGCACAUCAGCCUUACAUUGUCACAAGUAUAAGGACUUUAAAAAGAAUUUACAAGAAAUGCAUCUUUUCCACAGAAAAAAAACAGGUGGACUUGAAGGAAAUUGUUAUUUUUAUGGAGGCAGAAAUGGAUAUGCAGAGGAUGUAUCCAUCAAUGCAGCCGUAAAUAGCCAUGAAUGGCAUUGGGCUUUAGUUUACGGUAUGAAUCCAUAUGCCAUAAGGCAUUGGUGUCUCUGCAGGUGUAGGUUAUUGCCGGUGUCAGAAACAUGGUGCUCCUCGGAGCCUGACUCCCUCUGGAUCACAAAUGUUGAUCAUCAGUUGGAUUGUUUCUUCAGAAACCAAAAAGCUCUCUGAAUGGCCUGCUGAUACAUCCACCGAUAACCCUGCAGUUGACCAGUUCCAGCCAUUUUCCCCUCUACAAAAGCAGCUUCAUGGCUUUAUUUACUUUAUGAAUUUAUUAUCCUAAAUUUACUACUUUAAUCUCAAAGGCUGUGUCACAAGGUCACACCAUUGUAGACCAGAGAUCAGUAGCAGACAGUGUUGCUAACUCCUCAGUAAGUAAAGAAGCUAUUGGCUGUCCUAAAAGUCGCUAAAUGACGUCAUCGCCUAAUUGGCCAAAUUGUAAUGGUUUUCCAGUGUGUGUGUGUGUGUGUGUGUGUGUGUGUGUGUGUGUGUGUGUGUGUGUCCGUUUACGUCUCACACACACACACACACACACACACACACACAGGCUUCUUUCAAAGAAUACACGCACAAAAGUGUGUGUAUUCUUGUACAUAGUGAUGUCAUAGUGAUGUCAUGUAGUGAUGUCAUAGUGAUGUCAUAUAGUGAUGUCAUAGUGAUGUCAUAUAGUGAUGUCAUAAGAUCAAAGGGCCUCUGAAGUUUAUGAGACUAAACCGGAGUCGUUCUGUCUUUAUCUCUUUAUCGUUUUGAUUACGACCUGCAGAAAGGAGCCCAUCAGAGCUACAGCCCUGCUAAGGAAAACCAGCAGAGAUUUCAGACAUAGAGAAACAAUCAGAAAUCAAGAUGGUUAACUCACCAGUCAUCAUCCGACCCGAAUCCCUUCUUCCUUUUGUGGAAAAACAUUUUCAAAAUAUAACUCCAGCACAAUGGAGCAUGGUGGUUGCAGGAAGAUUUGAUGCAAGCGUAGAGGACAUUCUGGCCAGCAUGUUCGCCGAAAUCGUGCAGACUCUCUCUGCAGACGUUGUGAAGAUUUUACUUCCCAUGUUCAUGGAGCGCUUCUGCAGAAAGGAGUCUGCUGAGGAGAUUAAUAAAGUUUUGGAGGAGUUCAGCACCAAACCAUGUUUAGGUGACUCCCUUACAGACAGCUUUGCUGCAGCUCUUCAUGUUCCAGCUGAAAAAUGUGAGAGUGCAGAGAGGCUUACAGAUUUAGUUGAGAAUGAAGUUCAACAAAAGGUCUCCUCAGUUUUAUCAGUGGUCGCCAACAGCGAAAGUUGGCCAGAGGAUCCCGCCGUGUACAUCCCUGGAGCCACAUCAUGCAUUUCAUCACUUCGCUGCAUGUUGACUUAUGCCAUGGAGUUUUUAAAGAGGACUGUGACCAGAGCUAAGUGUUUCAGAUGGAGAUCCAAUGUUGAGAUCUUGUCUUCCAGAAAUAUGGAAUCCGAGAAGGCUACAGAGGAUGCAGAGAGAUAUGCAUCAUCUCACAGCAGAUCAUCAGCAGCCUCCAUCUGCUCAGUGACCAAAACUGGGAGUGACAUCCUUGAAAAAAGGUCAGACGAGAACCAAGAGAUGACGGAAGAGGCUGAGAACAGCUCAGGGGGGGGAUUUGAUAGAGGUUCACCUUCUUUUUGUGACAAGUUCUUUGCAUCAAGAAUGGAAGACUGUUUUCUUGCUUGCCAGUUUGAAAAGAUGAAGAUUGGCCUGAAGGAUAUGUUCAGAAAAAAGGACAACAAACAUGUAGUUAGCCUUUCAAGCUACUCAGGUAUGCCAUCAUCAAGUUUACCAGAUGAUGAGUAUAUUUUACCAGGAGUCAUGCCAGAGUCCAAACCCCAAAAGAAGGUAACCUUUCAUCCUGAUGUGACAACGUACAUUAUAAAGGAGCAGGGCUGUUCUUCACUGGAGUAUGAGGACAUUAAAAAUGAUGUGGACAACCUGUUUCAAAUGGCGCCACCGUCCUCAUUACAGGAAUCCCAGAUCAGUUUGGAGAUAAAGAAGUUUUCAAGGGAGCUGACUGACAAAAUGUAUGUCCACUUGAUGUCCACCAAGUACUACAAGCUCCCCCGGGCUCCACUGGGGAAGUGUUUGUCAGACACAGUCAUUUCUCAGUCCCAGAUGCGUACGAAUGGCAGCUUACGUGAGACUUCUCCUGAGCUCCUCUAUGUGUUGACAGAGGACGCAGUGACAAACUUCCUGCAAAAGACAGCACUCUGGUAUGAGAAGGACCCAUCAGUUGGUUCUCCGACCAGCAGAGGUUGCUCCCCAACUGCACUGCAGAACAACCAUACAGACAGCCAUAUUUUGACCCAAAAGGAUUCCUGUUUGCAGUCUUCAUCUCAGACACCCCGUCCGAUUCUUAAGAGCACAUUACCAUCAGGAACUGAGAGACAAGUUAAAAACCUUAUGGUCUCUCUGCUCCUAGAACUCCAACUACGAGCUACCUGGAGAGACGAAUUCACCAUCACCUUCUCGGACCAGGAUAGCAUCAAGGACCGUCUGUAUAACAGAGCAAGGCAUGACGGCAGCUUUAUUCAAGUCAAAGACAUCAAGAACCGUAAGAAAUUCUUGAAGGGCGUGUUAAAGGAGCUCAAAAAAGAGAUUGGUCCUGUGGAACAGAUUCUGAGGGUAGCGGUAUCAAACCCAACAGCUUUUGAUGUUGCUGUCCUCAGGUGUCUGAAAAACCAACUGGAAAAAACUCAGACGAAAUCUAGAGUUGCUCGGUUCUUUCAGGUGCUGGGAAGACCUUUCAGACAGUUCUUUGGAACAAACAACGAUGACAGCAUCCGUGAAUACUAAGUUAAGUACACGCAGCCCUUUAACCGCCCCACUACACUCAGAUAGGAUCUCCAGCCUGUCUGAAGUUUCAAACAUCCUCAUGUUGGGUUUUCUCUGGGACGCUCCAGUUUUCCCCAACCAGAUUUAUAGAUUUAAAUAAAAUAAAAAAAACCUCAGUAACUCCGCCAAAUUGUCUCAAUUGGGUCAUUUUUGCCGGUCCCAAGCCCGGAUAAAGGAGGAGGGUUGGUAUUGUGACAUUUAAAAAAACAAGAAUCGCCGGAAGAAAGUUCAUUUGUAGUUCUAAACAUAUAGGGGGAAGGGGGGGGUCCUCACAUUUUGUCUGUCCCACGAAACGUUGUUCCUCUCCUUUACAGCGUCCAUUACAAUUGGACAAACCAGGCAAUGACGUCAUUUAGCGACUUUUAGGACAGCCAAUAGCUUCUUUCCUUACUGAGGAGUUAGCAACACUGUCUGCUACUGAUCUCUGGUCUGCAAUGGUGUGACCUUGUGAUUUGUGCCCUGGAAGACAUGCUGGUUCUUUAACCUGAAACUGACUGCAGUCACCAGAGAGAGGGCUGACCAGUUCUACUUCAAUGUUUAUAUGCAGAAGUACCUUCCUGUGUCCAGAAGAUCAUAAAGGUCCCAUAUUGUGUGAUACAUACUGUAGUUCUUAAAAGCAUUAAAUGUUAUAGAGAGGGGCUGUGUGCUAUAAAAACAUGAAAUCUGUGUCAAAUCUUCAGACAAGUGCUCACAAUCUAAGUUUUUAAACUGUUAAACUGUUAAACCUGGAAAUUGCUACCUCUGCUACUACAAUCAAAAACAUUAGAAAUGAAAAAGCUGCCAAGACCACAUUGCAGUAUCAGGGCACAUAUUAAGAUUUUUUUUUUUUAAAGACUUUGAGAUUAAAAUAGUAAAUUUCGGAGAAUAAAUUCAUGAAGUAAAUAAAGCCAUGAAGCCGCUUUUGUAGAGGGGAAAAUGGCUGGAACUGGUCAACUGCAGGGUUAUCGGUGGAUGUAUCAGCGGGCCAUUGUAUCUGUGUAUAAAUAUCUGGGUUUUCUUGUUGAUCGCGAGCUUUCUUUCAAAGCACAUAUUGCUAGUUUGGUCACUAAACUCAGACUAAAACUUGGUUUCUAUUAGAGGAAUAAAUCCUGCUUCUCCCUCGGUGCUCGAAAAUACCUUGUAUCUGCUACCUUUCUUCCACUGUUGGAUUAUGGCAGUGGUUCUCAAACUUUUUUUGUCAUUCCCCCCUUUGGAGGAAGAAAAAAUUUCAUUCCCCCCUACCCCAACAAAAUUGUGACACAAUGGGCCAUGUAUAACUUUGACAUAACAUUCCUUCUGCUGUAUUUCUCAAAACUAGAAAACAAACGUGCAUUCAUGUUGCAAGAACAAUAAUAAUCAAACAAUAUCAAGUUGAGUAAGUACAAAAAAAUCCUGUGAAUCCAAGAGCAAGAUAGCGUCAUCAUAUUUCCUUGACUUGGCUUUUUGUUGGUUUGGCCUACCGUCAUCUAGGCAUGCUGUAUUGCUGGCUUCAGCUUUUCUUUUCAUCCCUGUCAAAUAUCUCUCCAUUCUGUACUUUUAUAUACAAUUUAUUAUUCUGAUCUGAACACAGUUGCUGGUUCUUACGGUGACAGGUGAAAGCGUGGGUUGUCCGCCGCUAAAAAAAUUCAGGUGUUAUGCCGUAGAAUGCACCCCUGCCGUAGAAUGCACCCCCUGCAUCCCCUCCACUUGUUAGCUUCUUAAAGUGGAAGAAAAUGAUCUCAUAUUUUAAAAAAUACGAUUAUUUGAUCGUGACAACUUUCGUUCUGUUUUUGUGUGUCCCAAAAAUGCACAUACGGAGGUGUGCUUGGUAAACUGUACAGUAAGCUGUCAAGCUAGCGAACAUUAUAUUUUUCGGGACAGCUAUUUUUUCGGCUUAUCUGAAUAGCCUGAAUGAAAUUAUUAAAGGCAGACGCUUUUGAAUUCAUCCAAUGGUAAGGAAAACUUGAAUUAUUUUUGCCUUGUUAAGUACUUUCAACCGCGCUCCCGUCGGGGGGGCAUUUUACGGCACAACACCUGGCAAGUAUCUCGCCUUGAGUGUUCACUACAACAAACGCUGCUUCUUCGCGGUAAAAUAAAGAAACAGGGUUAAGGGCGCUGGACUCCUACUACUGGUGUGGUGAGUUCAGUAUGGCGCAUGCGUGACGAGCGCGGUGCCUGCACAGGAGGUGCCGCGCUAUCGCGGGUGCACACCAACCUAUUUGUAUCCGGGUGACUCGAGCCCCCUCAGGGAUGGCUCCGCGCCCCCCACACACUUUGAGAAAUGCUGCAGUAACCACUUGUUAUCACCGCAAGCAGGGGGGAAAAAAAUUUAUGUUCUGUGUGAUUAAUUUCUAAAGUUUGUCUACAGCUCCAUAGGGAUGGCUGGUGGAGAGUGGAGACGGGAUUUAUGACCUAUACUGCAGCCCAUCACCAGAGGGUGCUGUUCUCGGGGUGGCUUCACCCAGCAAGGAGGCAGACACUGUCCAUUCUAUAUACAGUCCAUGGUCACGCUGCUAUCAUGUCUCUACAUACAAUUACAUCAGCAAUUUGAUCAUGUAAACACCAGAUUGGGAUAGAUUAUAACCCAUAAAACACAGGAUUUUCAGUUGGAUAGGCUUGUGUAACAUUUGUCAUCAUGUACUAUAUAUGGACAGAAUUUAGCUAUGUCAGGAUGAGAGUUCACUGCGCAGCGCUGUGCAGCAGGGCAGAGAAGCAUCUCAAAACACAAAACUGGAGCCAACUGCUCAGAGCUUUGUGGACCAGGGUUUGGUUCAUCCCUGAAUAUCAUUAGCGCUCUUUGCUUUGUGAAUUAGACCUUGAGGCAGUAGAGAGCAGGGGGUGGGAUGAUGUGCAAUUCAAUUCUUGUCACUUUUAGAGGCUGCGAUCCAUCCUCAGUGAACCAGACCCUGAGUCUUUGUGGGCGAUUUGACCUGAUUGUUUAUCAUGACUAAGCAGAGGGAGGAAGGGUGCAUAUACUUGGUUCAUUCUUGCUGACACAUGUAGGCAGUUCAGAUUAAUGUUGGACUUUAUCCAUCAAUUCAUAAUCUGUACCGCAUUUCCUGUCAUGGGUCACAGAACUGGAGCCGAUCCCAGCUGCCAUUUGGCAAGAGGCAGGAAACUGGACUCUUUGCCAGUCAGUCACAAUGCUAAUAUACAGUAUAUGCUCUGUAUAUAGAGGUGGGCAAUUUAGAGUCAUCAGCUGACCUAACAGGUUUGUCUUUGGACAGAGAGAGGAGAUGCAAACUCCAUGCAAAGAGCUUCCAUUCAGAACCCCCUUGCUGUGAAGUGACAGCAGUGAAUACUUCACCCCACUGUACAGCUCUGUCUAGACGUGCAACUAAUUUGAAUUCCCGAGUUUAAAAAAAUAUAAAUUAAAAAAACACACAAUUUGUCGGAAUUCUUUGUCGGAAUUUCUCCGUUCGAUCUUUAAGUUUCGGUUAAUAUUUCAACACCUGCAGUUGCCACGGUAACAGGAUCUACAGUUUGAUUUUUGCAGCAGGCUUCUUUAUGCAGCCACUUUGUGUAAGAACAGCAAACCACGGCAGCCACGGACUCACUUCAUGAACAUAUUUCAAACCUCUUCAGGUGGUCAGUGAUUAUACAAAUGCUUUGAAGAAAGGUUGAUUCCUUUUGCAGUCUUUCUGGAGACCAUAAGGAGUAUCAUAGCUGUGGAGGAGGGUGGAUUUAAUGAAGUUCUUAAGGAUUACAGCUGCUGACUUAAGGAGGGGGCUUAACUUCUUGCUGUUAACAUGCAGUGCACCACCAGGUUAAAAGCUUCAUGCAUACAUGAUGCAUUUCUAUGAAUAUAGUAUCAGCGUGUCACUGUGUUUAUGUGGUAGAUGGUACCGCAACAAGUCGCCUCUUUGAUUCAGUCUCUAUCCAGGACAGUUACUCAGCGAGGCGAGCGCACUGCAGCGUUUGCCCGUGAUUAAAAAACCUGCUGUUUGCCGUGUCUCGUUAACGUGUUGUAGAGGCUGAACUUUGUUGUCCUCUUCACUUGCAGAGAAACUGGCAGAGUUGACAGAGGAGAUUGACGCUGCUCUCCUUAAAGGUAUCGAAACACUCUCUCUUCCUCUAACCCGUUCCUUUGUUUGCUCUGUGAUCCAUGCUUAAGCUUCCCUUCAAGUCAUCGAGUGCCUCAUUGAUUGAACUUCUUUCUGUUUUUAUGUUUUGUUUUUUUUUUAUCAGGAGAGCUUCAGGGUGCCAAAGCGUUGCUCGCCCAAAUGAAAUACUAUGCAAACAUUGAGGAGAAAGUGAAAGAAAAACUUUCUGGAUUCAUGUAAUAGCUAAUGAAUAAUAAUAAUCCAAGUUAGUGUCACUUUUUUGUCUAUUUCAAGAACUUGUACAGAGUUUUGCACAGAAGAACAAAUUACUUUUAAUUUGUGUUUGAAUUAUGUAAAUUUAUUGUUUAAGAAUAAUAAUAAAAGUCUCCUUGUAAUACAUUAUACAACAGAAUUGAUUGUUAUUUACACAUAAGGUGACAUUUUCUGAUUAAAAGAUGUAUAUUAAUGAGGCUGUACAGUAUCCCCUUUGUAUUCCACCAAUUAAACAUCCCCAGUCGUA